ACACGGACAGCCUUAGUAUACGGAGUAUACAGUGCCAGGUUUCAGGGGGUGAGGACCAGCGUUCUCGGCGUUUAUGAAGAAACAUUUGUUCUGGCCCUAUCAAUUGACUUUUGAGGAGUUGUGUUGCCUGGAUUAUCAUCGCGCUAACUAUCGCGUCAACGUUCAAACUUGAUGCCCAAGGGGGACCUCACAUCAUAGUUAGUUACCCACUCCCAUCCCGGACCCAAGAGGUGCGAUAUCUGCUUUGCAGGUGCUAGAGUAGAUACUUGAUGCAAGAUACCCCGGGGAGUUUUGAUAACUAGUAAUACCAACAUGUUCCUGGGGAGCCAGCUUUACUUGAUGCGACAUUCAGCGUGAAUCACCAGUUGGACUAUUCACCAUGUUCUCGUCAGCUUUGAAGUCAUUCUCAUCGAACAUAUCGAAUAACUACCAGUAUUCACCCAAUCCUUCGUUCAUUUCCGGUGCUUGGAAGGUCUAUGACGGCAAGAACAAGAACUCUGGAAAAGCUGUCUCCAUAUUCAUAUUUGACCGGAAGUCCUUGGAUCCUCGGGCUGGAGGGCUGGUUUCCCGGUCAAAUGCUACCUCGAUAAAGAAGGCCCAUGAAGAAGUCGUCGAGAGGCUGAAGCGGGAGGCUGCCAACCUUGCCCGCCUGAGACAUCCGUCCAUUCUUCAGAUAAUUGAACCGGUGGAAGAUACGAGAAAUGGCGGCUUGAUAUUUGCCACAGAAGCGGUCACAGCAUCGCUCUCUGGCCUUCUACAGGAAAAAACUGACCAGGAACUCUCCAGUCGUGUUGGAGGGAGAGUCAGUCGGCACAUGAUUGAAGAGGCUGACGGAUCAAGAAGGAGGCGGGAUCUCGAGAUUGACGAGCUUGAGAUUCAAAAGGGACUUCUUCAGAUUGGCAAGGGUCUAGAGUUCCUGCAUGAGUCUGCCAAAAUCGUGCACGGAAAUCUCACUCCCGACGCCAUUUACAUAAACGCAAAGUCAGAUUGGAAGAUAUCUGGCCUAUCCUUUGCCGGGCCUUCAAAUCCCGAUUCACAAUCGCCACUACCGUCCCUUGCAUUAUCGGAAGCCUUGUAUUAUGACCCCCGGCUGCCCAGGUCUGUACAGCUUGAUUUGGACUAUACCUCUCCUGACUUUGUUAUGGACUCCAAUGUCUCUUCGUCAGCAGAUCUCUUCUCUCUUGGGCUUAUAAUAGUGGCCCUCUUCAACUCCCCCCAUACCUCUCCCCUGAAAACUAAUAACAGUACGAAUACAUAUAAAAAACUACUUAGCUCCUCUUCUACCAUCCCUUCCCAAUCAAAUUACUUCCUCUCUUCCGGACCAAUACCAAAGGACCUCGCAAACCAUGUCCUGCCAAAGCUUAUCACCCGGCGACCAGCCCAACGGAUGAAUGCCAGUGAAUUCCAGCAAUCUCAAUACUUUGAUAACGUUCUCGUUUCCACCAUCCGAUUCUUGGACACUUUCCCGGCCAAAACACAAAAUGAAAAGUCACAGUUUAUGAGGGGGCUAUCAAGAAUUUUGCCGGAGUUCCCAACUUCGGUACUAGAGCGCAAGGUUCUAGGAGCAUUGCUUGAGGAAAGCAAAGAUAGGGAAUUACUGCCGCUUAUUCUUCAGAAUGUGUUCAAAAUCCUUUUACGGGUCCCGUCAAGCCAAAGACUAGUUCCUGAUAAAGUUCUUCCCCGUCUGAAGGAAAUAUUUCUCCCGCCUAGUGGUAAGGGUGCUUUGCAAGAAAGAGAUACAAGCAAAGAUGCCGGGCUUAUGGUUCUCUUGGAGAACACGCAAGUCCUUGUUGACAACUGCUCUGGCAAAGUUUUCAAAGAUGGUUCGUCACUCAUUUCACCAGAAUUACCUGUUUUCAUUUGACUGACGCUUAUCAUAGAAGUGAUACCACUGAUACUUCUUGGAUUGGAUUCACCAACGCACUCAUUAGUAGAUGCAUCUAUGAAGUGUCUACCAAUAAUGCUUCCGGUGCUUGAUUAUACAACGGUCAAAGACUCAAUAUUUCCCCCCAUAGCGUCUGUAUUUGCCAGAACUAGCAGUCUUGCAAUCAAAAUCCGGGGUUUGGAGGCAUUUUGCGUUCUCUGCGGUGGCUCAUCGAAGCCCAGCAGCCGGUCGACAGACGACGACCUUUCAGGAAUUAUCACAGACACCCAGACAGCAGCCAAGUCAAGCUCUAACUCUAUUCUUGACAAAUAUACCAUCCAGGAGAAGCUUAUUCCAUUGCUAAAGGCAAUCAAGACUAAAGAACCAGCGGUAAUGAUUGCCACCCUGAAUGUCUUUAAACAGGUAGGGCACAUAGUCGAUAUAGAAUUCGCAGCACUCGAAGUCCUUCCAAUCCUCUGGAGUUUUGCACUUGGUCCGCUUCUCAAUGUCCAGCAAUUUUCCUCUUUCAUGGAAUUUAUAAAAUCGCUGUCAUCAAAGAUUGAGCGAGAGCAGACAAAGAAGCUGCAACAACUAUCAUCAGGUGGUGAUGCGGGAGGGUUUUCUAAGAAUUCGGCACUCCAAACCGGGAGGAUGUCUCCUUUGAAUAACGGGGGAGAAGCUGGCGGCGACAAAACCGACUUCGAGCGCCUUGUGCUAGGCAAAAACAAGGCGUCAUCCCCCUCCAUAGACUCUUGGGAUGAUUGGGGUGAUUCGCCUGCUACCAUGGCUCAGACUGCUACGAAGACAGAAACUGUGCCUCAAUUCUCAUGGUCUAGUGGGAGCACUGCUGCUGCUGCUGCUGCUGCUACGGCACGACACGGAAACGGUGGACUAGCCAAACUGAACGCAAACAUGCGAUCAAUCACACCCGACACGACUAUUAACUCGUUCCCGACGCUGCAGCCAGGUCAUAAGAGCAACACUUCAUCACUCUCUUCAAUGGCCACCCUCCAGCCUCUCUCUCCCAAAGCUCCUCAGGGCAGCAUGAUGAUGAUGGGAAACAACAGCUUCGGUGCGCAGCAGGGUUCUAGCCAGUUUAAUUCUUCUAGCACUAACUCCUUCAACAUUCCUACCAUCGGUGGCAGGCCGGUUAACAGUGGCAGCUUAUUAUGGCAGAGCCAAGGUCAGAUGAAUACCAUGGCGCCCUUAUCUCCGUAUACCAUCGCUCCGCCUCCUCAGAGCAACAACCAAUUCCAACGGAGUCAUUCGGCUACCUCAGCUAACACCACGUCGGCCUUUUCUAAUCUAUCCUCCUCACCUCCGGCUGCCACCUCCAACCAGCAGCAAAAGCAGGGGCUGGAUAAGUAUGAUAGUUUGCUCUAGACUCGAGCGCAUUCAAUACCUUUGAGAACAUAGCUUUAUGACGAAAAAAUUACUUCCAUGAUUAGAGAAUUCUAUACCUGCUAUCUCCCGUAACAUGAAUCCUCGUGUAUAACUAGAACCAACUCUCCUGAAGUUAGCGAGCUACAUAAAUAACCAGUUAACUAAGGAGCUCAUUAGUUAGUUAUCGAUAAGAAAGUCCAUGAGAUGCCGUAUUUAAUAAAUAGCUAUUCAGUGAAAAUC